ACACAGAUUGAAGUGAUAUUGUCGUUUAAUUUCAUUGGUUAGUUAAUUUACUGUACCUGGAGUUAUGUGGAUAGAGAAUUGAUACAUGGGCAGGAAAUCGAGGAAUUUAAAUUAAUUUGUGGUGACAUAUUGCGUUCAGAUGGAGACUGUUUCUAUAUCUGAGAAGCCUGAGAUGAGCUGCUUUUGAGAUCUGACUCAGAAAAUUUUGUAUCAUCCUUUUUGGCUGUGGUUAGUGGGUGGUGGCUCUAUUUUCUUUUUUGGGAGUGAUUGAGAAAGGAAUAUUUUUUCAUGGGCGCUGAUACAUUUUAAGCACAAUCCUAAUUUUUGUUUCUCAUAUCUAUCUGAUCACAAAUUUCAACGAUUUUCAACUGGCAUGUCUAGGAAGUUUCUUUCUACAUGAGAGUGUUUUCUUCUUAUCUGGACUCCCUUUUAUAUAUCUGGAGAGGGCAGGAUGGCUGAGCAAGUACAAGAUUCAGACAAAAAAUAACAGCCCUGCCGCUCAGGAGAAAUGUAUUACUCGCCUACUGCUCUAUCAUUUUUGUGUCAAUCUGCCAGUUAUGAUUGCUUCAUACCCCGUCUUCAAAUUCAUGGGCAUGCGCAGUAGUCUUCCAUUGCCGUCCUGGAAAGUUGUUUCCACUCAGAUCAUUUUCUACUUCAUCCUAGAGGAUUUCGUGUUCUACUGGGGACAUAGGGUUCUGCAUACAAAAUGGUUGUACAAGCAUGUCCACAGCGUCCAUCACGAAUAUGCAACACCUUUUGGGCUGACUUCUGAAUAUGCUCAUCCGGCUGAGAUAUUAUUUCUUGGCUUUGCCACCAUUAUUGGUCCUGCCAUUACUGGUCCCCAUCUGAUUACUCUGUGGUUAUGGAUGGUACUUAGAGUUCUGGAGACGGUCGAGGCACAUUGUGGUUACCAUUUCCCAUGGAGCCUCUCAAAUUUUUUACCGUUGUAUGGAGGUGCUGAUUUUCACGACUACCACCACCGUUUGCUUUACACCAAGUCUGGCAAUUAUUCAUCGACUUUUGUUUACAUGGACAGGAUAUUUGGAACCGAUACGGGUUACAGAAAGUUGAAAGAACUGAAGAGAGCCGGGGUUGAAGAUGACUGCAAGGAAAUGUGACGUGGGAGCCAGGAUUUUUAUAAACUAGCUGGACAUGAGUAAAUGGGUUCUUUGAUUUAUGGGCGGUACUGAAGAUGUUUCUAUCUCCGUCCCUGCCUCAUCGUGUAUUUAACUGCAUUUUUGUGUGUGAGUUCUUUUCUGAUUUAGAGCUUAUGUUAAUGUGGAAUCAGUGGAAAGCUUCAUGGACAUUUGUGCGCUCCAAUUUCUUACAUGAAUGAAGAAGCUGCCCUUUUAUUCUCA